UUCGUCUGCGACCAAAUCUGCAACUACGAAAUUUUUUGACAUUUGAUUUGUAAAUUUUUAAUUUUGGAAAUUAUUGUGCAUUAAAUUAGAAUAUUAUCGUGUUAUAUUCUUAAAAAAAUGUCGACCCCACCUCGCGAAACCAUUCAAAAACAAAUCCAGCAAGAUUGGGCGAACAGAGAAUACAUAGAAGUGAUCACAGGAAGCAUAAAGAAAAUUACCGAUUUCCUCAAUUCCUUCGAUAUGUCCUGCAGAUCACGCCUAGCCACCUUGAAUGAGAAAUUAACUUCACUGGAAAGAAAGAUUGACUAUUUGGAAGCUUGUGUCACAAAAGGAGAAACUCUGACAUAAUCUGUUAAUAAGCAAAUUAGUUACUUUCUGCAAUGUAUGUAGCUGUAUGAACAUAUUUGCUUUAGAAAAUAUUUGUUUGGUGGCAAUGCUAAUUGACAUGAUAAAAUGUUGCAACUUUCACUUUUCGCACUCACACAAAUAUCAGGGAGUUAGUGUGGAAGCUGUGAACAUCAUAUUGCGAUAAUUGCAAUUAAAUUCAAACUCAAAUAACUUAUUCAAAUUAGAUUCAGCACUAGUACCACUUCUAAAAGUCGCAUUGGCAAAAUACACCGAAAAGACUAAAUUGGAAUACGCACCAGUGAAAUAUAGACCUUAUUGGCUGACGUUAAGGUUUUAAAUACAAGAACAACAGAGACUCUUGCUAUCUCACUCUUUCGCGCGCACAAAACAUG